GGCAACUUGCAGACGAUAGCGUUGUAUCCAUUACUGGUGGCAAGGCUAGCGACCUGCAAGGACCAUUGCAAGAUACCUUAGACAAUUUGUCUGAAUGGGCUCUUAAGCUGGGUAUCGAAUUCUCUCCGGAGAAAACUGAGCUGGUCGUUUUUUCUAGGAAGCAUAACCCAGCUCAGCUGCAGCUCCUACUAACGGGUAAAACGAUCUCUCAGGUUUUAGUCGCUAAAUAUCUCGGGGUCUGGUUCGACUCCAAAUGCACCUGGGCUUGUCAUAUUAGGUAUCUGACACAAAAAUGCCAACAGAGGAUUAAUUUUCUUCGUACGAUUACCGGAACUUGGUGGGGUGCUCACCCAGGAGACCUUCUAAGGUUAUACCAAACAACGAUAUUGUCAGUUCUUGAGUACGGCUGUUUCUGCUUUCGCUCCGCUGCGAACACGCACAUUUUAAAAUUAGAGAGAAUACAAUAUCGUUGUUUGCGUAUUGCCUUGGGUUGCAUGCAGUCGACCCAUACGAUGAGUCUUGAAGUGCUAGCGGGUAUUCUUCCGUUGAAACAUCGUUUUUGGAAUCUCUCUUACCGGUUGCUAAUUCGAUGCACAGUUAUGAACCCAUUAGUAAUUGAAAAUUUCGAGAGGUUGGUCGACCUUCAAUCUCAAUCCAGAUUUAUGACUUUAUAUUUUGACUAUAUGGCUCAAGAUAUUAAUCCUUCUUCAUACGAUUCCUCCAAUGUCGCACUUUUAGCUACUUCUAAUAAUGCUAUAUUCUUCGACACCACCAUGAAACAAGACAUUUCUGGUAUCCCGGAUCAAUUGCGACCCCAAGAGAUCCCUAAGAUUUUUUCCAAUAAGUUUCAACAUGUUAGUUAUGAUAAAAGGUUUUACACUGACGGAUCUAAUCUAGAUGAGUCCACUGGCUUCGGUGUUUUCCACGAAAAUUUUACCGCCUCCUACAAACUCGAUGCUCCUGCUUCCGUGUACGUCGCAGAACUUGCUGCUAUUCAGUACUCUCUUGGAAUCAUCGAAACCCUACCCAUAGACCACUACUUCAUCUUCACAGAUAGUCUCAGUGCCAUUGAGGCUCUGCGAUCAAUGAAGCCUGUGAAGCACACCCCGUAUUUCCUGGGGAAAAUACGGCGGUUUUUAAGUGCUUUAACAGAUAAAAAUUACCGGGUUACCUUAGCGUGGGUCCCUUCUCAUUGCUCGAUUCCGGGUAACGAAAAGGCUGACUCUUUUGCUAAGGUGGGUGCUAUUGACGGCGAUAUUUAUGAAAGACCAAUUGCUUUUGAUGAAUUUUAUAGCAUUUUGCGUCAGAGAACACUCAACAGUUGGCAAUCAUCAUGGAACUCAGAUGAACUGGGACGGUGGCUACAUUCCAUUUUUCCUAAGGUAUCGACGAAAGCAUGGUUCAAGGGGUUGGAUGUAGGUCGGGACUUCAUUCGCGUGAUGUCCAGACUUAUGUCCAAUCACUAUACGUUAAACACGCAUCUCUUUCGUAUAGGGCUUGUAGACAGUAAUCACUGCGUUUGUGGCGAUGGCUACCAUGACAUCGAGCAUGUUGUUUGGUCGUGUACCGAAUACUGUGGUGUUAGGUCUGAGCUUAUAGAUUCCCUUCGGGCCCGAGGAAAACAACCGAACGUACCCGUUAGAGACAUUCUGGGAAGCGGUGAUCUCCAGUACAUGACACAGCUAUACGUGUUCAUAAAACACGCUGGUAUUAAAAUAUGAAACUCUUCUAUCUAUUUGUUAGAUUACCAUUCCCGCUACACGCUGAAAGAAGAUGAUACACUUAGCUGGAGACACCCAAACGAAGACUCGGCAUCUUCAUGUUCACGCAGACACCUCAGUCCAAACUGCUCAAAUAGAACAUCACUGCUUAGCCAUGUACAAAUAAAUAAAUCGUAUAACUCAAUAUAGUUGAAAUCAAAAUUGUAACUCCCCUCCUCUCACCUUAAAUCCCCACUAGCUCGUAGUCGGCCGCGAGAAUAAAGAAAAGGCCUCCCUCUUUUCCCUGCUAAUUUAGAAUUUAAAAAAAAUGUACUUGGCUCAGUUAAACAUAAAUUGUAUCGUGCCGUGUCAAAUAAACUAUUUAAAAACAAACUGCUCGCUAGUAAAAUCAAAAAAUCAAAGCAUAUGAUUAUGGUAAAACGCAUAUUCCAAACUCCCACAAACUACACUAACAUUUUCUAGACGAAAACAAUGCUUGUCAAUGAAAGCCUGCAAACUAGGCCGCGCAUAAUCGUGGUAAUCGGGUGAAUUGAAUAAUGUUACACGCCUAGUUCAUUACUAAUACCAGCACCUUUAUAGAGAAACAAAAAAAAAAACUGUGUACUUAUCUGUAGAUAGCCCCUAGACUCACGACGCCCAACAGAAUUUCACCGGGGAAGCAGCACAUCCAGAGCGAUGAUCCUGCUUCACGACCCAACUGUCGGUUUCACCAAGACCUUGACUUUGGAAGUGGUUUGUGAGCUACGCAUAGUGCGCUCCGCUUUCCGGACAGUAAAGAUAGGCAACAAUUCAAAAUAUAAUUGCACGCCUAUGCACAACACAACACCUUCCAGCAAGCAGUGCACGCCGACCGAUGAUUCUUCUACACUUUCGACCUCCUCAACCUCGUUGUAGUGAGUAUCCACCGGAGCCGGUCCUCUGUAACGCACAGCACUCCAGCGUCGAAUCGGUGCGGCAACUGUCAGCGAUGAACAGCAACAAAAGACCUUGAGCGCAGGUUGAUUGGACCCAAGCCAGCAAAAACAGGAUUAAGUUAACCAAUAAACUAGUUCCAGUCGUCCAAAUAUCUGUAUAUCCUCACAAAAAGCACAAUCGAAACUUUAAAAAUUUUGACACGAAAAUUUUUCGCGUCCGUUCGUUUUCGUAGCUUACUGCGAUCUCUCUUAUUUGAAGCUGCAAAGUAUAGCACGGAAAAAGUGUAGCACACCGCGAAAACGAAAACGACAUUAAGCACCGAGAACAUUUUGCCGUCUUGAUCAAACAUCACAAUUCGAAGUAGGGUUUUCCAAAUUUUUGCUUCAAUUUUACAACUGGGCCCUGCAAUCACGAGUGGAAAACUAAACCGAUAAACCUGACCGAUGUUAUAACAAUAGCAUUUUCACAGCUUGGUAAACGUGAACCCCAUUUAACAAACUAAAAACAAAACACAUUAAAAUUCAACCUUGACGUUAGUGAUCUAAUUUCAUUUAGUUAGUUUUAGUGAUCUAAUUUUAUUUUUAAUUAUAUUAUAUUGUGGACAAAUGGCAAAUCCAUUCGCGUUCCCGAAUCCAUUCCUGAAGGAGUGCGCGAUAGAGCUGCGCGAUGUCAUGAUCGAAAAUAUUCAGAACUACAAAACUAUCUCGGAUGAGAUGUUUUAAUGCUUUCCUCUCCAUCAAUAUUUACUACAGGACAAAAAUAAUUUAGUUCACGAAAUAGUAAUAACUUUUCCUCAUCUUCUGGGAUAUAACGGAUUAAUAGUAAAACCAAUGUAAACAUACUUCAAUUUAUUGUACUCAUCUAAUCUGAUUUUAGGUACAGCAAGCUUACGAGCGUUUGCAUAUAAAUUAUAACAAGAAUGCUGAUUUGGAAACAGUUCUUUCAAUUGGAUUAUUGAUGGAUCAAGGUGGCUGGAGCAGUGUUACUGAUAAAUACUUAAGAGGAGCGUUACGCAUAAUAAAAAAAAUGACGAACAGGGGAGUAAAGUGUUUGGCCGAUAACGUUAAUAUGUCUGUAGAAAAAAUUACAGCUGCUCCUUUAGUGAGAUGGCUACAGCCCGACUUGGACAAAACCGCAAGGCAAGUAGUUCAAAUGGCCAAUAUCAGCGGUGAAUCACCCUCCGCACAUUGGUUGUGUGGCGGAGCUUUUUCACGAAGGGGAAUAUUUUGUUGAUUUCCAAGUUUGACCAAAACCCGCGACUACAGCUUUUGCUGGAAGAUGUCGAAAACUGAUACUUACAUUCAUUGAGCAGAAUGAUGAAGAAUAUUUUGCGAAUGAGAACACUAAAUCCAAUUUCUAUCAAGAACAUGAGACUAUUCGCUCCAUCCUUGCCAAUGAACCAAAAUUUCAUAAAACACUUACUCGUCAACUCGAUUACAAAAUCGUUCCAAAUACUAAGGACUUGCUUCAUAUGAAUCGGAUUCUUACAAAAUACUUUUUUGAAAAACAAAUCUUACAAGAAAAAAGAUACCAAUCAGUGCAACAAAAACAGAAAUUGUCUGAACAGAUCAUAGAAGCUUUCCCACACCUGGAUCAAACACGAGUAUGCACACAGGCACCAAGAGAGAAUACUUAAGAGGAGCGUUACGCAUAAUAAAACAAAUGACGAACAGGGGAGUAAAGCGUUAAAAAUUACAGCUGCUCCUUUAGUGAGAUGGCUACAGCCCGACUUGGACAAAACCGCAAGGCAAGUAGUUCAAAUGGCCAAUAUCAGCGGUGAAUCACUCUCCGCACAUUGUUUGUGUGGCGGAGCUUUUUCACGAAGGGGAAUAUUUUGUUGAUUUCCAAUGUAACAUAAUAGAAUGUGGACAAUCGUCGAGCAGAGCGAUUGACGUAUUUGUUAAAAUAUUUACCGUUUUUAAACUCCCUGUUCCAAAUUUAUUAAAAAAAAUUCAUGAAAUUUUAUCGUUUUAUUUAUAAAAAACAUUGCCUGCAUCAAGCAGUACAACUAUGUUCUAUAUUCAAUGAAUAUGCUGAAUGAUUAUUUGUAACUGUAAAUAAUAAAUCCUUGUAACAGAAACAACCAACUUGUCAACAGAAAUAAAAAUAAUACAAAUUAUAUUUAUUUAUUUACUUUAUUUAUGUCUUGAGAAACAAGUUCCUUUUUCAACAAAAAAAAAAAAAUUACAAAUACCCAAAAUUGAGUAAAAUUUACCCAAAUUUGAUUAUAGAAUACUUGAGUAGUUUUUACCCACUGUCAUUAAUUGAUUUACCUACCCAAAAUUGAGUAAAGUGGCAUGAAUCCAAAUUUGAGUUCCCACACUAAACUAGCGAUAUGAGUGGAAAGAGCUCAAAUUUUCUAAUUGUGUACAGUUAUAGGGAUACCAUCUGGUUGAAAUUAGAAAUCAGGACACCUUUAUUUUCGGUACAAAUUUGAGCUAAGCUGUUCUUCGAAGCACAUAGGAGUAAAUCAAUUAAAAACCUGAUCAAAAGUCAGAAAAGCAAAAGUUUAUUCACCAUGUUCUGCAUAGUCUCAUUUGAAAGUGUGAUGCCUACUGAAUCUUUUGACAGCUCAUAAUCAUCCAGAAGUAUUGUUAACCUUUGUUACAGCUAAUUGAAAUCGAUCAAAUUUUAGCUUUUUGUUGUUGCAUUCGAUGCUUCCGUACCGUUCACAUUUUUUUCAAAACAAUCAAGUGCAACGUAGUGAUUUAUCAUCGAACCAAUUAUGGAGAUUGUCAAAGAAGGAAACAUUCUAAUAAACACAAACAUUCUGAAGUGAGAUUUUUUUUAUGUCAUAUUAUAUGAAAUCAUCCGAACCAAUCGGAACUCACGAGUUACAUCAUUGUGAAAAUCAUCGAAAAAUUUCAACUUUUCAGCUUCCGGCAGUAUUGUUGCCUCAGUUUCAAGAACAUACCUCUGUCAUGUAAUGGAUGGGUGUUCUGAGACAUUCUCAACAGGUUGCUAUUGAAUUCCGAUCCUUUGAUUACGAGCUCUAGGCCAAAAUUCAAGAAAAACGGUCAAGCUUUUUCGCCCGAAGCAAUGCAAAUGUUGGGAGUGAAAUGUUCGUACACGGACAAUGGUAAUAAUACUAGUGACUCUUCAGAUUCUUCUAAGUGCUCAGAUUGAUUAAUAAACAAAACAGUGUAAGCCCCGAACC